AUGGCGGCUUUCACCUCCAUCCCCGUCAUCGACCUCUCCCUCGCCCAGUCGCCCGCCACAAAGCCCCGGCUCGUCAUCGAUCUACGAAACGCCCUCGUCCGCGUGGGAUUCCUGUACCUCGAGAACCACGGCAUCCCCCAGCGGGUUUCGAACGACGCCAUCCGUGAGUCGGCCGCCUUCUUCCGGCUCCCCUUGGAGAAGAAGCUCGAGAUCGAGACGGUACAUAGCAGGCAUUUCUUGGGCUACAACAGGAUGGACGCCGAAAGGACAGCCGCCAAGGUUGACCACAACGAGUCGAUUGCGACGCCGCAGAUUGGGGCGGAUCUGCCCGCUCCGGGAGCCCACGAACCCGUCUACAUGAACCUCCAGGGCCCAAGCCAGUGGCCCGACGCGUCCGUGCUGCCCAACUUCAAAGCAGCCAUCACGACGUACCGCCGAGCCGUGCAAGCCCUCGCCGACCGCUUCACCCCCCUGAUCGCCGAGGCCCUCGAGAUCCCCGCGCCGUCCCUCACCCGGCUCUUCGCCGACAACCCCUUCAGCCGCCUGAAAAUCACAAACUACCCGCCUCCCGCCGCCGCCGCCGGCCAUCACGUCCAGGGCGUGGGCCCGCACAAGGACGGCGUCUUCAUGACCUACCUCCUCCAGGGGGGCGCCCACAACGCCCUCCAGGUCCAAAACAAGUCGGGGGCGUGGAUCCCCGUGCCCCCCGUGCCCGGCACGCUCGUCGUCAACAUCGGCCGCCUGCUCGAGAUCAUCAGCGGCGGCGUCUGCACCGCGACGACCCACCGCGUCGUCAGCUCCCCGGGGAGCUACGCCGGCGCCGACGGCGAGGCGCUCGGCCCCAGGCUGUCGCUCCCCUUCUUCCAGCACGUCAACCUGCGGCUGAUGCCGGGGGACAUGCGUCUCGAUAUCCCGCCGCACAUUGCGGCGCUGGUCGCCGGCGAGGACGUGACGUCCGACUCGGACACCUUUUUCGCCGGCCUGUUUGACGGCGCCGUGGGCGAUUCCGUCUUUGUGAGUCUGCUGACGAGCUUCCAGGACGCUGCCGCGAGAUGGUACCCCGAUCUGCUGCCGCUGGCGCUGGAGAAGCAGGAAGAGGCGAGGAGGAGGUAG